AUGAUAAACAGAGUCUCCGACCUGUUGGGUUACCUGAACCUGCUGUGGACUCCGGAUUGGAAGCACGAUCUGAUCCGAUUAGACAAAUUCGUCCUACCAGAAGACCCCCGGGUCAUCUUCGAAGAGUCGACCACGCAAGUCUUUAAUGAUUCGGCACCCCGCUACCAAGCAAGAUACCAGAAGUGGCCGGUAUAUAUAUUUAACCCCAAGGUGUUUGCAUCGCUCCUCAAUAAAGGUCUCCUAGGGGGAGGGUCUUUGGCCCACAAAGUCCCCGGCAACAUACUCAAGCGGAUGCAGCUUAGAUGGACCAUGGCCAGUAAGAUCUGGUCGGCCGACCACGACUACUACCAGCCUGGGGUCAACGUGCCCAUUUACCGCAUUGCCGGAGUCGAACUGGAGAUGAGCCGCUUUGAAAAGAGAGAGUACCAGCGGGCGUGCCCUAAGAUGCAGCCUUUCUACGCCACCUGCCGGUCCUCCUCCUGGUACUUCGCCACUCCACGAGACCGGAUCGCAGAGGCAGUCACUCGAUCUCUCACCUAUAUAUAUAUAACUUCGGAAUUCCGCGAACAAAUCUUCACAAAGAUGACACCUGGCAAUACAUCUUGGUUCGGCACCCUCGCAGGCGGACUACAAUACGACCUUUGUGCCGACGCCUUCCCGCCGGUAAAGAUAAGCACGAGUACGAGUUGGUACCUACAGCACUAG